UUGCAAAGUUAGUGGAAGGAAAGCCGCACCCUGCCCAACAGAGUGGCUUGUGUACCGUUUAGUUGUAUGUACAAGUUUUUGUAGGUAGAUUUGCAUGAAUCUGGCCGCGUGUCGAGUCCGUCGGGGUUCACAUGAAUGUGAUCCUUGCUCGUUUUGAAAUCCGGUACCGUUUUUCCAUUUUCGAGCGUACCAGGGAGGCGUAAAAGUGACUGGCAGCUAGCGACGGCCCUACACCGACUGCUGAGGAGCUGGCUGGACAACAAUAUUCUCGUUCGGGGUAUCCAAGCUCCAGUCGGCGUAAAGAGCGAUAGAGUGCAAGUAUGAAUGAGUUGGACAGUUUACGUCAAGAAGCUGAAACUCUCAAAAAUGCAAUACGAGAUGCGAGAAAGGCGGCGUGCGAUACAAGCCUUGUUCAGGCGACGAACAACAUGGAGCCAAUCGGUCGGAUACAGAUGCGGACGAGGAGAACCCUUCGGGGUCAUUUGGCUAAAAUCUACGCCAUGCACUGGGGAUCGGAUUCCAGUGGGAACCUAGUAUCAGCAUCGCAAGAUGGCAAGCUAAUAGUGUGGGACUCCUACACGACAAACAAAGUCCAUGCAAUCCCUUUAAGAUCAAGCUGGGUCAUGACAUGCGCGUACGCCCCUUCGGGCUCUUUUGUCGCGUGCGGAGGGCUGGAUAACAUUUGCUCUAUCUACAGUCUCAAGACGAGGGAGGGCAAUGUUAGAGUUUCAAGAGAACUACCUGGCCACACAGGCUACCUCUCUUGCUGUAGGUUCUUAGACGACAACCAGAUUGUGACAAGUUCCGGCGAUAUGUCAUGUGCCCUUUGGGAUAUUGAAACUGGUCAACAGUGUACAUCAUUCAUAGGUCACACAGGUGAUGUCAUGUCGCUUUCUUUAUCUCCUGACAUGAGAACGUUUGUAUCUGGAGCUUGUGACGCUUCAGCCAAGCUCUGGGAUAUCAGGGAAGGAACAUGCAAACAGACAUUCCCAGGUCAUGAAUCUGACAUAAACGCAGUUACAUUUUUCCCGAAUGGUUACGCAUUCGCCACUGGCUCUGACGAUGCAACUUGCAGACUUUUUGACAUUAGGUCUGAUCAGGAAUUGGCCAUGUAUUCUCACGAUAACAUUAUCUGCGGAAUCACAUCCGUUGCUUUCUCAAAGUCCGGCCGGCUUUUGCUGGCGGGCUACGAUGACUUUAACUGCAACAUAUGGGACUCGAUGAAGACCGAGCGAGCGGGCAUCCUCGCUGGCCAUGACAAUAGAGUGUCGUGCCUUGGCGUUACUGAAGAUGGUAUGGCGGUUGCCACUGGAUCAUGGGAUAGCUUCCUUCGCAUCUGGAACUAAUUUGACCUCCUCCAUCUUGUCAUAUUCACCCCUCCAGAACAAAAAUAAUCUCACUUAUAAAAAAAAUUACAAAAAAAAAUACAAAAAAAAAGUUUAAGAACCUAUUAUAUAUAAUAAGUAAUUAUGAUAGUUACUCCUAAAAUGAUAAUAUUUAUCAAAACAUAUAAGAAAAACUUAGAAGGUAAGAGAAUUCCAAAAGAAUUCAAACAUAACAAGAAAUUUAGAGAUUAAGCCUUUUGUUUUUAAUUAUUCUGAACAAAUUAUGAAAAAAAAAUGAAGUGUGAAAGAAAAGAAAUUGUGUAAGGACUUGUAAGUAAAAUCGGGGCAGGUGAAUAUUGAAAAAUUAAUUUUGUUAUGGAUUGAAUUUGAUGAGAGAUUAGAUUGAUGUGGUUUGCUUAGGAUAUAAUAUAUUAUGUAUCAUGAUUUUGUGUAUUACAAAAGGAAAAAAGAAAUGUGUAGUGCUCCCUCA